CUGUUUAGGGAAGCUUUUAAUGUUUGAUUUCUGUAUUUUAAUGUUUUGUUGGAAGCCGGCCAGAGUGGCUGGGGGAACCCGGCCAGAUGGGCGGGGUAUAAAUAAUAAAUUAUUAUUAGUAGUAGUAGUAGUAGACCAUACUCCUAUGGUUGUGCAUGUUGAGCUGCUGGGUGGCAGCCAUUCAUGUUUGGUUAAUUUUAUUACAGUGAUUUGCAGUCAAGCGUUCUGAGACACGAACUUGCAAGAUCGCAACUGGAAAAUGGGUGACUGUUCAGAGACCAGUGUGAAAAUACCAUUUGGAAGCAAACAUCUAGACGCCGUUUUCUCCAUCCCCGAGAAGAAGCUGCCGUAUGCUGUGAUUCUCACGCACGGAGCAUCUGGUGAUAUGAAUUUCUCUCACCUUGUAUCUUUGGCAAACUACCUGGCCUCUCAUGGAUUUCUGUGUCUGCGAUUUACCUGCAAAAGCCUCAAUAUCGUCUAUAGAACUAAAGCAUAUAAGGCUGUUGUGGACUAUAUAAGAUCAUCAGGCAGCUACAUACUUUCUGGCAUUUUUCUUGGAGGCCGUUCAAUGGGCUCGCGUGCUGCCGCUUCUGUGAUACGACAAGCGGACCAAGAUAAUGACAGCUUCAUUCAAGGUCUGAUAUGCUUGUCUUACCCGCUGCAUCGACCAAAGCUUCACUCUAAACUUCGGGAUGAAGAUUUAUUGUCCAUUAAGUCUCCUGUGCUAUUUGUGUCUGGAGAUACAGAUGAGAUGUGUGAUAAACAACUGCUGGAUGGCGUUGCAGUCAAAAUGCAAGCGCCCAAGAAAAUCCAUUGGGUUGAAAAGGCAAACCACAGCAUGGCAGUGAGAGGACGAAAUGCAGACGACAUCUCGAUGGAAAUAAACAGGCAGGUUUUGUCUUGGAUCAAAGAAAUCAUUGAAUAGCGACAGAAGCAAUUAGCCAAUUCCCAGUAGCCUCUGUACUUGGUAUAGGAUGGAUUAAUACCACCACCUUAUAGUAUAAGUAAUCAGCUCUGUGCUAAAACACUGGCAAAAACUACUGCGUGUUUUUGUAACUUCAUUAUAGUGUAAAAUAUGUUCUCUAAAUAUUUGGUUUUGUGUAUAUAUAGUUAAUGUUCAGAGAUAAUGGAAAUAAAUCUAUCUUACUGUGUUUUACUUUCGAAAAAAAGGACUGUAUCUCACACAUCUACUUUUAUACAUGGUAUUUUUUCCCAAAGCAAAUCUGUUACCAGACAAUUCUUUACUGGAUUGCAUGAAAUGGAUAGCCUAGCCGUACCAUGCCAAGUGGAGCAGUUUGGAGACUGAUUUCCUCCAAUGUACCAGAUUAUAUCCGAAUUGGGUAAACCUGAAUUUACAGGGGGGGAAACAUUGAGAUUGGUAUUGUUUGGUGUCACAUUAUCUGGACUAUGCAGACUAAAAGGGAAUGCAAAUAGUAAACAGUAAACAGAAUGCAAAAAGUAAACCCCUGACCGUUAUUGUCUCUUUUGCUUCUUCCACCACUGCCUGGACAUCAAAUAAACUUUCAUUCAUCCUCCAUAUGAAGGAAGACUGUUCCAUUCCUUUCAAUUCCAUAAAUAUUGAAUUAUGGUCUGAUAAUGUCUUGGGGGUUAUCUCAUUUUUAACCACUCUUGAUGUUAGCAUCUGGAGAUCCAUAUAUAGUCUAUUCUUCCCGAGCUUUGUUUUGGCUCAGAGAAGAAUGUAAAUUGCUUUGUUGUUGGGUGUUUAAGUCUCCAAAUGUCAAUAACUUUUAUU